AAAAAAAAAAAAAAAAAAAAAAAGAGAAUUCUCGUAUUUGCUAUUCGCUCGACGGCUCGACAGCACGGAACAAACCGGAACAGAAAGAAAUAAGUAAUAAGAAGAAAUAAGAAAUGAGGGCAGACGUCUCAUCAUGACAUGGAAAAUGGCGGUACGGAUUACGGAAAUGGGCAUUUGAUCGAAUUGCAUGAUCUUGUUAGAUUACACGCGUAUGAGUAGACGGGGCAAUGAACUGCGGAUUGGCCAUUAAAGUGGUAAAAUUGGUAGUAGUAGUGUUACAACAGCGAGCGAGCGAGAGAGAAGGAGAAAAAGGAGAGAAGUACAGAAAGAGAAGCACGGAGCGCAGAGCAUACACGUACCUACGCGCUGCGCGGCUCAGCUUCGCAUAACAUGGUAUUAUUGGCAUAGCAUUGGCAUUGGCAUUAGCAUAGCAUUGGCAUAGCACGCACGCUCGCACGCACGGCACGGCACGGCACGGCACAAGUACGUCAGGUUGCGAAAUUUAGGACUGAUAUGCGCCAUGAAACCUACCUAAGGUACCUCAUAAAUCGUAAGUCAUCAGUCAUAAGACGUACAUAAUGUAUGUAUGUACGUACUUACCUAAGUUAUAUAGGUAUUAUACCUAUAUGUACGUGUUAUAUGUAUCUACUACUAUGAGCACAUGCAUACUCUUGUUGAGGAUAUUUGUUUUGUCCUUUUUUUUGGUUUUGUUCUGUUCUGUUUCGUUAUUUUAUUUUUCCCGCCUUCUUGGAUGUUUACGAAGAAAAUUGAAAAUUUCCGGUAUAUAUGUGCUGAGGUUUUUAGCUGUUACCGACAGAAUGGAACAGCGCCGGGCCUAACACGGGAACUC